AUGUUGGCCGGAUUAUUUGGCGAAGAACAAGUUGGGAGUGCAUUGCCAUCGGAAUCGAAACAAGUUAAUAAAUCGACUGUGCCAUGCCCUCCCCGUCCUCGAAUUCAGUGUGGAUUGGCAGGAAUACGGAACCAAGGAGCAACCUGUUAUCUUAAUUCCCUUCUGCAGACUCUUUUUCUGACACCCGAGUUCAGAGAGGCUUUAUUUGAUCUUGGAGAUGAAGAGCUUGGAAAGUUGGAGGAGAGGGAUGUACCAGGGAGCAAGGUGAGAGUGAUUCCGAUACAGUUACAAAAGCUCUUUGCCAGACUGUUGCUAAGCGACCAGCAAAGUGUUCCAACUGUUGACCUUACUGAGAGUUUUGGAUGGACAAACAAUGAGGAGCUGCAGCAACAUGACGUCCAGGAGUUGAACAGGAUUCUGUUCAGUGCUAUUGAAGACUCCCUGGUUGGUACCCGUGGUACAGAUCUUAUCAGCAGACUCUACCAUGGAAUGGUGGUGAAUCAGAUUAUUUGCUCGGUAUGUGGGAAAGUUAGUGAGAGAGAGGAGGACUUUUUGGACCUUACCGUUACUGUAGCAGGUAACAGCGACCUGGAGAAUGGUUUACACAAUGCUUUCUGUGAGAUGGAGUCUAUGGAUGGACAAAAUCAGUACAGAUGUGAGUCAUGUAACAAACUCGUCGAUGCCAGAAAGGGAGCAAAAAUACGAAGUCUUCCAGAAAUUCUGACCUUAUCCCUGCUAAGAUUCAGCUUUGACUUUGUAAAGAUGCAGCGAUUUAAGGAAUCUGGCAAAUUUUUGUUCCCUCAGACUCUGGACAUGGUGAGUAAGUUUAAACAUGACUUCCUACCUAACAUUGAGGAGGUGAGUAAGUUUAAACAUGACUUCCUACCUAACAUUGAGGAGGUGAAUAAGUUUAUACAUGGUUUCAUACCUAACAUUGAGGAGAUGAACAACUUUGGACACAGUUCCAUAUCUAACCAUGAAGAGUUGGGUAUUUUUAGACAUGGCUACAUACCUAAUGUUGAGGGGGCAACAUCACCCGUCACAUACAAGUUGUUUUCCAUAGUAAUACACAGAGGUGGAGCCUAUGGUGGGCAUUAUCAUGCUUACCUACGAGAUGUAGAUGGUCUUGGCAAAUGGACCAGUCCAGAAGAGGAGGCAGUACAAUUACCUACAGAUCCCAGUACAGGUGAAGUAGACUUCAUCGAGUGUGACUCACCAGUAGAUCUCAUACACACCAUACUGACACGGUCGUCUGGAAAAACACUCACUGUUGACAAAAUCUGUGCUGAAAUCACAAAACAGACAGGUGUAUCGUGGAACAAAAGGUUCAGACGGCAGUAUGGAUCCAUUCAUAAGUUCCUAGAGAAACACAAUGAAGAAUUUGCUAUAGACACAACUUCACACCUUGUAACCCUAAGGGAGAUAACUCCUGUCCAAAAGGCGGGACUAGCUGGAGGCUGCCUGACAGCCAUUAGUGAUAUGUCUCCUGAGGAAUCUGUCUCCGAUAAUAAAAGGACACAUUCUCCAAUGCCUGAACUUGGAAGUUGCUGGUUCGACUUUGACGAUGCCCGAGUCCAUCCUAUCAGAGAACGCGAUAUCCAGAAAACUUUUUCUGGGAAAUCCAGUGCUUACAUGCUUUUCUAUAGGAAAGAAUCUUUGAUAAGGCCACCAGAAGCCUUAGGAGACCCCACAUAUCGGUUACCUCAUCACCUUCUGUCUGAGGUGAUCCAGGAAAAUGAGGAUUUACACUUUCAGAGGGAGAUAUAUGAAGUUGAAAUCAACACAAUUUGCCUUCAAAUUCAUUUUGGAGAUAUGUUUGAAUUUGUCGAUGGUUCACUUCGUCCAAUAAAUAAAACAACAAAAACAGAACUCGCUCUUGAUAGGAGAAAAACAGUGGGAGAUUUAAAAGCAGCUGUCUUGGAGGUAGCAGAGGGCCGAGUUGCAGAAAACUUUCACAUACACCUGAUGAAGGAGCUUGUGGCAGGUUACCACCUGUAUGAGAGCAUAUCAGGUGAUGAUGAUUUACCACUGAUGAAAACUCCGGUAGACGAUGGAAACAUGUUAUUUGUCUGGGAUGGUGGAAAGAUCAAUGGUCAAUGUGUUCCAACAGGUGUGAACUGUGAACCAGUUCUCCUUAAUGUGAUGUAUGGAAAUCCACAAUCAGAAUUUGCUGAUGGAUUUCCUAAAAAUAUGACCUUGUAUGAUUUCAAGGUUAAAGUAUCUGACAGAACCAACAUACCUCUGAGUCAGAUAACCUUGAAAAAGAUCACAGGUGAAGAUAUGUCUCAGAAACUUGUUGAGUUCACUGAGGACCAAAUGGGAUCUACAUUGAAGGAUUUACAGCUGACAGACUUUGACCAAAUUGUGGCAGAAAACAAAGACCGACAAAGUCUUGGUGAAAAAGUGAUCCUGGCAAAUACCAAAGUCAUCCUCUUUGUUGAGAACAAAUGUAGCUCAACACCCAUGGAUGGAAAUAGAACAACUAUUCGCCUGGAUGUUGAUAGAGAUACAAGUAUAGCAGAAGUGAAAAUUCUUGCCUUAUCCAAGUUUGAUCUGUGUGACCUAAAGGAAGGAGGUCGAUUGAGGAUUGACCAUGAUACACUAGGUCUUCGACCGCCUUUACACGAGCAGUUGACAGUUGAAGAAGCGUCAUUGACAGGGGGGACUACUCUGAUCCUGGAAGAAGGACAAAGUCCAGCCUCAAACCAGAUAACCUUGACCUUCACCUCAAGUGACCCAAAGGUUGAUGUUGUGUGCAAGGAAGUGAUACUAGACAAGUCAUCCACUUUGGGAGAGUGUCUGGAAUGUAUUAAAAUGAGAGCUGGAUUGAAAGAAGACCGAUGGCAUCUGCGGAAGACCAACUGGUGUGGAGAGGCAGCCGAAGUACUGGAUGACAUGGAUCUUUCCUUGGGUCAGAGCCUGGUCAAUGAUGGUGACCACUUACUCAUAGAGGAAGGAAAACUUCCACCAAAGGGCUACAUCCGCCCGUCUGUGGUGUUAUACCCAACACUAGAGAAACCACAUCAGUCAGACGCCAAUACAGGGAGCAUGUUGUCAUGGAUAACAUCAGGGAUCAAAGACUUGCUGAAGCUGAACCAAACAUCAUCAGGGGAAGCCUCUGAGAACGAGACCCAGGAACCUCUUUCUAUAGGGGAGGUAGAAGUCUCACUCCAGGACACUCUAGAGGACUUUCAACAGCUGGUCAUGACUCUCCCCCUUAUGGCCGACAUCAACAUCCCCACCACAAACUUUAUCCGUGUCAGGAUGAUAGAAGAUGGACAGUUGACCACUGUCCUUCGCCCACCUACUCAAACUCUACAAAAAUUGAAAUUGAAGUCGUGCUGUAAAAUUGCAAUCCAGGUGUUAUCACAGGAGGAGAGAUUAAGUGCUAAUGAGAUUGUAAUUAAAGUCCAGCAAAGAGUCUCAGGGACCAGGAUGUACAUGACUCCACAUGAAGUGAUAUGGGACGUAACCCAGGGAGCUACAGCCCAAAGCCUGAAACAGUCAUUGAGUACAGCAUUUCUUAUUGAGGAGCAGUAUCUUCACCUUGCGAAACAUUUCCCCAAAAGAUACGAAUGGCUGAUCAUCCAGGAACAACAGCAGCAAUCAAAAAAAAAUCAUCAGAAAGGAAAGAAGAAAGGAGGACAGAGGUGUAAUCUGAAGAAUGCUCCGUUUCACAUUCGUGAUGGUGACACAAUAGGUGUAAAGGACGUGCAGUUUGACCAGAUGGGUAAGAAUGACUUUGCCACUGUAGAGGAUGAUUGUGGACAAAUGGAGCUACAAAAACUGGUGGAGGAAAAGAAGAAAGAGAGGGAGAUGAGGAAAAAGAGGCAGGAAGAAUUUGGUGGAUUUGGUCGGAGGAAUAACCAUCCUGAGGUAGCACUCACAAUCAAGGUUGACAACUUCAGAUAGCACAGGUCAGAGGUCAGUCAAGGUCAUUAGAUUAAAGCCAGGUGAAGGUCAACAAAAUUGAAGAGGUCAUGCAUUACAGAUGGAUAAAUGAGGAUCUGUUACAUUGAAGAUUGAGAGCCAAGGAAAUUAAGCAACAAGAAUUCCCUGAUAGUAAGGGUUUGUAUACAUUGUUAUGGUGUGUGAGCUGCGGACUGGAUAUUCUAAGGGAUGGUGUUUUGGGAGGUGCGUAGUAGAGUAGAUUGACUUUCACGACAACCAGUGAUGUUACUGCUGAGAAAUAAUAGUAUUACAAAUCUUUCAAAAAUGUUGAUCAAGAUGAAUUUGUAUUGUGAUAUUUUCAGUCAAAAUUGCACUGACAGAUUUUUUUUCCAUAGGGUAUAUCCGAGAAAGGAUCAUAUGUGAUAACAUGCAGUGCCAAGGAAUGGACUUUUGUACAAUAUUUAAGUAUUUUUUCAGUGAUAUUGCUCAGUUUCUGAAAAAUAUUUGCAUUCUGUGA